AUUUCAAUUGCAUUGAAGUACCGACCAUAUGAGUGAGUGGGAUAAAUAUAUUCACUCUGACUCAGUGUCUCCUGCUAGUUAGUAUUGCAGUCUUGUUCUUAAAUAGUCCUCAAUUACAUACAAAAUUUAUGGAGCACAUAAGGUAUAGUAAUUAUAUAGAGAGCAAAUUUUGUCUAAGAAAGUGUAGUAUGCUGUUACUAGCUGGGUCUCAGUCAGUAUCUGUUGUUUCUGUGAAGACAAAUGUUAGUGGUUUUAGGGGUGAAAUGAACUUGACAAAUGUUACAGUUCAAUUUUUUAAAUCAGUGUCACCUUGUGGUCUGUUUUCCAGACGGGAGUCAGAAAGGAGAAACCAUUCAUUAGCUCGCCAUGCAGACAUCCUCGCUGCUGUGGAAACGAGACUCUCUCUCCUAAAUAUGACUUUCAUGAAGUAUGUGGAUUCCAAUCUUUGUUGCUUCAUACCUGGAAAGGUAAUAGAUGAAAUUUAUCGAGUGCUAAGAUAUGUAAACUCUACAAGAGCUCCUCAGAGAGCUCAUGAAGUUCUUCAAGAACUAAGGGACAUUUCCUCCAUGGCUAUGGAAUAUUUUGAUGAGAAGAUUGUUCCAAUACUGAAAAGAAAGAUGCCUGGGUCAGAUGUAUCGGGACGUCUAAUAGGAACUGCCCCAGUUCCAGGGCCUUCUGCAGCGCUGACAACAAUGCAGCUGUUCUCCAAGCAAAGCCCUUCCAGGCAGGAAGUCACCAAGCUGCAGCAGCAGGUGAAAGCCAACGGCACGGGCCUGACGGCGCUAAAGCGGGAGAUCUCGGAGCUGCGCGUCAAAGUGCAGGAGCAGCAGAAGCAGCUCCAGGAUCAAGACCAGAAACUGCUUGAGCAGACCCAAAUCAUUGGGGAACAGAACGCCCGCUUGGCCGAGCUGGAGCGCAAGCUGCGAGAGGUGAUGGAGAGCACAGUAGGGAAUUCUUCAGGUUCCGGCUCAAAUGAACAAUCUCCCAGGAAACGGAGGAAGGCGGUGGAUUCCACAGACUGUCCUAGGAAAUCUAAACGCCUUCGGAACAGAAAAUAACUGGGGAGGAAAUGGCGCCUUCAGGAGGAUACACUGCUCUAAUAGCCCAUGCAGGCCUGCUUGUUUGGAUACUGUGACCAGCUUCAUGGCGUCACUUAGGCUGCUGGCUCUUCAGAACACCACUUAGACUUGAACAGUGAUUUUCUUUCAUUGACUUUUCCCCUGCUUUCUAUAUGGGUGGGCCUAAUGCACAGAAUCUUUAAGAUUUGCAAUAGCUACAUACUAACCAGACCUGCUCUGUUAUGUUUUGACAGGUGCAGAUGUGCACCCUUUUUUUCCGUGCAGAUGUGUUUUAAAGUAAACUUAUUUGUGUUUAUGCAUAUGUUCACAUGAAAUCUUAAAUAAAUUGUCUUAACUGACUUAAUGGUUAAGAGUAAAAUCAGAUGUCCUGUUCACUUGAAGGAAAGAUCCGCUUUUAAAACCGUGUUUUUGAGAACUUGACCUUUUUUGUUACAAGUGACCUUGUCUGGAAUGUCUGAAAAGUAGUUAAUACUUUUUGGGGUUCUCUGUAAUGAGUAAAACUGACUUCCUAAGCUACAGUAUUGGCUAUAUAUUUUUAUAAACUUCCAUGGAAGGGCCUUCUAUCCAGUCUUCACAUGCACACACCCUGGUUCUAGGUCUUGGGAGCCAUAUUCUACAUUUGCAUGAAUAGAUGCAUGUACAGCUUAGUCAGCCUGCCAAAAGCACUUGCCUUGAAACUGUUCCAAACUCUGGGAGAGAGCACAGAGACCUAUCAAGCAAUUCUUUGUUCCUCAGCCAUAACUCAGUCUCUGCUUUCAGCACAGCAGCUUCCUUGCAGCGAGGUGUUCUGGGGAGGCGAGCGACAGAAGCGUUUGAGCCCGGGCUGUGUGGCUGCCACCCGCCCUGCCUGGAAGGCAGGGAUUUACUGUUAGCCAAAGCUGGAGGAUGGAGAGGCUGCCUGUGCAUCACUUGGGUCUGAACACCUACAAACUGUCCCUGGAGUCACCAAGCUCUGGGGACAUCAUUUGAGUGAAAUGCUGUAUUAUGGUAAAACUUAAAACUAUUUUAUGUGUCUGUGUCAGGGUUGGGGUGGAAAUUUCUCUGUAACACUGAUGACAAUAUUCUAAGCUUUCCUUAUCCUAAAAGGUAAAUCACUUCAGACAGAGCUUUAAUUUCUUUUGCACUUCUGUUUUGAGCUUGUAACUGGAAAAGCAUGUCUUGCACUGUUCAGUCUCUCUGGUCACUUUAACCACCUCAGAGUUGUGUACAGUGAUUAUUCCCCCCCCCGCCAUCUGUAUAUUUUUGGAACCUUAUACAAAUACCAUUGUCCUUGGUUUUGUUUUAAUGUACUAAACUAUGUAGCUUUAUAAUUUGA